GGAUCCUCACUCGAACCUCGUGCUUCCUAUAUAUACCCCCGACCCCCUCGAGGACCAACUUCCCCGCCCGCUUUUCGAAUAUGCUCGACCUCGACCACCACCAAACCCGGACCCGGACCACAUCCUCUCGCCCGGCUUUACCUUCUCGCCUCUCGGCCUCAUCUCUCGCUUCAACCCGCGCGAGCCCUUACCUUACCUUACCCUUCCAUUCGAGAAUGUCCUUUACCAACCCCACUAACCCCACCCAUCCCACCAACCCCAACGUCCCCACCAACCCCACCAACCCCACCAACCCCACCAACCCCAUCAACCCCAUCAACCCCACCAACCCCAUCAUCCCCGCCAAUCCCCCCACCCACCUUACUCAUCCCACCCAGCCCACUCAUUCCACCUGGCCUACUCGGCCUAAGAACGGACUAGCCGCUCUCGCUCAAGGCCUCCAACAUCAGUAUCAAGCACAAGCUCAUGCACACGGUCAAAUUCAAGCUCAAGCUCAAGCUCAGAGUCGGGGACAAGCUCAAGCUCAAGCACACGGUCAAGGACAAACCCGAGGUCAAGGUGAAGGAAGAGGACAGGGGCUGGGGUUGGCGGAACGGAAAUACGGAUUGAACCACGAUCACGAUCACGAUCACGGUCAUAACGGUCAUGGGGAUAAUGAUAUGUUCAACGACCUCGGUUCGACUUCGACCUGGUUCUUCGACUUCGACUUCGACUUCGACUUCGACCUGGUUCUUCGACUUCGGCGUGGUCCUUCGAAUCUCGAUCCCGAUCCCAAUCCUCAUUCCAAUCUCGACGGACCUCACCCUCAACCUCAACUUCAAUUUCGUCAUAAUCCCACCAACCCUAAAUCUCAAUCGAAAUCUAAAUCUCAAACUAAAGGCGAUGGACAUGGAGUUGGAUAUCCUCAACAAGGUCAAGCCCGAGCUCAAGCCCGAGAGCGAGUCGUUGUCGAUGUUGACGAUAGCCGGGAUGAGGCCCGGGUCGGGUUGGUUUCGUCCCGACUCCAGCCUCAGGCUCAGUCUCAAGCUCUCCGCCCUCAACCUCAACCUCGAACUCAACCUCAACCCCGAUCUCUACACCAUCACCAUACCCACGAUACUCACCAUACCCACGAUACCCACCCAAAUGACCAAACUCAAACCGCCAGCGCCAACGCCAACGACACCUCCACCGACAGCCUCGACGAAUUCUCAUUCACCCGAUCCGGUCAGGCUGGGGAUUACGAGUAUACUUAUUCCGGGCUAGAGGAGGAGGGUCGGACGUAUGAGCCGCAUUUGGAUGGGUGUUCGGGUGGUGAAGGCGGCGGCGGGCAUGAAGACGAAGGUACCUUUCUGGAGGAUCAGCAAGAGGGAGAGGGAGAGGAAUAUGUUUCUGGAGUCGAUGAAGAUGAAGACAAAAGCGAUGACGAUGAUAGAGAUCCUUUGGAGCUCGCCCCGCUACCUCCGGUAAAGGCAAAGACGAAGAACCUCGAACGGAGCAACAAGGGGAAGGACAAAGUCACCACCACCACCACCGGUACAGCCCGACUUCCAUCUACUCGUUCAUCCUCGGCACCUGCUCCGGCUCGUCUUCCUCCGGUCCCCGCGUUCAACCUCAACCUCGACCUCGACCUUGAUAUGAGCGGCUCGUUCACCCAAGGGAUCGCCUCGGGGGAUACUUCUUCCCCUCAGCCUUCAAAGGCGAAUACAAAGCCUCGGGUUGGGGCUGGCCGGAGCGUCGGGGCAGGAGGACAACAUGGACGGGGGUACGAGAGGCGCAGGGUCGAUGGGAUGCAGCUCGAUGGGAGUGAUACCGAUAACGAUACCGAUAACGACGACUAUAACGACGACGACUAUGAGAUGGCAAAGGAAGACGAGGAGAAAUCCGACAUGGAUAUCGACGAAGAUGACGAUGAUGAUGCCGAAGAAGAAUUCGAUUUCCGGUCCUCGGCUCCUCUCCGGGUGUUUGAACGGGGAAGGCUGCUAUACCCGAAAGACGGACGGGGAGGUCGAAUCCCGCCCAAGUAUACGGUCGAGCCGAGGUUGGGGCAGGAUGUCAGCAAGACGACGAAAGCGAAAGCCAACAAGUACCUCGGCAACAAGGAGCUCAGGUGGAUACGUCUCGAAGGCAAGGACGCUUGCACCGAAUGCCAAAAGGCCGCCAAACAAGGCUGGACCAAGGGCGUGGGCGAAUACAUCGGAUGCUGGGUCUUGGUCCCGCUCGACUGGAGGCAAGGCGACCCGGUGCCCACGUACGCCAAGGGAGGAUGUGGAGAGUGUCGUGGACGUGGCAAGGGGAGUCGACCGAAGGAAAAGGGAGGAUGUAGCCUCAAUCACGCUUCCGCUUACGGACCCUGCCAUCAACGUCAAAAGGUCAAGAAGUCUCGGCGGGUCGACUCGCCUGGACCUGUCCGACGUCAGCAACACCAACGCAGCGAACGAAGUCAUCCCUACGCCCGACGCUCAUCGCCCGCGGACGACCUUCGAUCGGAUUACCUCGCUCAUACCCGCGACCUCUUCGAAAGCUGCCUCGGCGAUAGGGACGACCUGACCGCUCACCAGGACCUGCGACGAGCGGUUUCGAAACUGAAACAGCAAGGCUGGGCAGAGGAGGUCGAAAGACAAACCUGGUACGGCAAGAUGUGCGCCUACUUGGAUGCUCGGUUCCAGGCCGGGCAGAUGUAAGAAGGGCGUUUUUCGUGCGAGGGACUUUGAUCAGGUUUGCCUUUGAUUUUCGUAGUAUUUCGAGUAGCUCGGGUCUCUACCCCAUUUUUGUGUACCAGUACGAUCGCCUUGUCGGAACGAAAUGCAACGUCAUA